AUGUUUUCAGGUAUUUUCACUCUGUUUACCACUACUACUAAUACUCACACUGCUGCUGCUGCUGCUACUACUACUACUACUACUACUACUACUACUACUACUACUACUACUACUACUACUACUACUACUACUACUACUACUACUACUACUACUACUACUACUACUACUACUACUACUACUACUACUACUACUACUACUGGAUGUCUGUUUUCCUUGCUUCAUGUGCAAGCUGUAGAUGAAAUGGAAUAUUGUUUGAAAUCAUUGAAAAUUAUCUGUAAAUUAUUCACUUAUUGUACAGUUCAUGUGAAGAUUUCUUACGCACAAUUAAAAUUUUACUACUGGAACCCCUUAAUACCAAUAAUAAUGGACUCAAAUAAAUAUCGUUGA